AUGUUCCGUGCUCAGGUGUCCUCCCUCAAGGUUCCUGGGCAGCGACUCCCGGACUCCUACUUCAGCAACACGCAGAGACAUCGCAUCGUCUAUGAGAUCCUGGCUCGCACCAUCUACGGGAAGCGGAAACGUGCCGAGAUCGGGAUCAACCGGCUGCUGAACGAGCAGGUGUACGGCGCUGCCUUCCCGCUGCACGAGGGCCCCUUCGAGACGCCUGAGUCUGAGGUCCCCGAUGAAGCCCUGAACCCUCGCCAAGUCCUCUACCGCUUCUGGGCCCAGUGGGGCUGCUGGUACCGGUACCAGCCGAUGGAUCACAUCCGCCAGUACUUCGGGGAGAAGAUUGCCAUCUACUUCGCCUGGCUGGGCUUCUACACGGCCUGGCUGCUCCCUGCUGCGGCCGUGGGCACCGUGGUCUUCCUCGCAGGCCUGGUUGCCAUGGGAACCAACACGCCCGCGAUUUGACUUGCCAAUUGUGAAAGGUGCCUUUUUAAUGAUCUUAGAAAGGCUCUAGCGGCUGCACCAGCGCGAGCCUCUCCUAAACAAGGCCUGCCAUUUUACUUGCACCUGGCAACUACUCCAGCAAGCACUGGAGCUGUUUUGCUGCAAAAACAAAUUGGCCAGGUGAGACCGAUGGCCUAUGGUUCCAAAACUCUCAGUGAGGUGGAGGCGAGGUUUUCAGCUUGCGAACGUGAGGUAUUCGCCCUGGUAUGGUCCCUAACACAUUGGGAAUAUUUAAGUGGCACAGCUCUCAUUGUGGUGAGGACAUGCCAUACUCCAGUAAAAUAUGUCAUCUCUGGAAGAAUUAAUGAGGGAAGGGUAUCCUCUCCCCGGCUGGCGGGAUGGACUCUAAGUCUGGUCAAUCGGGAUAUUCGUACUGAGAAGAUCCCCCCCAUACGAGAAUCCUUCCCUAUGCUCCGAUUACCGCAGGAGAUGAGCACGAAUGUCCGUUGCCAGAUCCUGAUUUAGACUUACUAUCUCCAUUCUUCUUAGCAACAUCCUGGGAAGAAGUACAAGGAAAAGGGUUAACACUCUGGGCAGUUGAUGGGAGUGCUUGUCACCACGAAGGGCAUCCUGUUGCAGGGUUUGCUGCAAUCC